AUGCAAAGGAGAAAUUACACACUCGUGACUGAAUUCAUGCUCACAGGGCUGACAGAUAUUCCAGAGCUGCAAAUCCUCCUGUUUGUGAUGUUCAUCGCUGUUUAUAUCAUCACCUUGGUGGGUAAUUCGGGUGUGAUUGUCUUAAUCAGAUUGUGUCCUCAGCUCCACACUCCUAUGUACUUUUUCCUCAGCCAUUUGUCUUUCCUUGACAUUUGUUAUUCAUCAUCUGUCACCCCUAAGUUGCUAACUGAUCUCUUAAAAGAGAAGAAGCUGAUUUCUUUUGCUGGUUGUUUCACUCAGCUCUACUUUUAUGUUGCAUUUGCCACCACUGAAUGCUAUCUUCUGGCUGUGAUGGCUUAUGACCGUUAUGUGGCUAUUUGUAGCCCACUGCUCUAUUUAGUUAUCAUGUCUCAAAGAAAGUGUGUGUACCUAAUAGCUGUUUCCUAUGCUGCAGGGUUUACAAAUGCCUUGGUCCAUACAGUUGCUGCUUCUAGACUAUCUUUCUGUGGCCUAAAAACCAUUAAUCAUUUUUACUGUGAGGGCCCUCCGCUAUUUGCUCUUUCAUGUUCUGAUGUCAGUCUCAAUGAACUGUUGAUGUUUGUGUGUGUUGGGUUCAAUGUGAUAUCAACCAUGGUUACCAUUCUUAUCUCUUACACCUGCAUCCUGGCCACCAUUUUCAAGAUCAGCUCUCCCAGGAGCCGUCAGAAAACCUUCUCCACUUGCUCAUCCCACCUCAUUAUCAUCGUCAUGUUCUUUGGAGGUUUUUUCAUCAUGUAUGGACGUCCUAGCUCUAGGCAAACGCACAACCUAGAUAAAGUAGUCUCUCUGGUCUAUAUAGUGGUUACUCCCAUGUUGAACCCCAUAAUAUAUAGUUUGAGGAAUAUUGAGGUAAGGAACGCCUUCAGAAAAUUCCUGGGGAGAUCUGUUUUCCAGCACAUGUGA